AAGAGAAAGAGAAGAAGGAUAAGAAGAAGAAGAAGAAGAAGAAGAGGGAGACGAAGAGGGAGAAGAAGUCCACGAAGACAACAAGAGAAGAAGAAAAACAGAACAAGUUUACAAACAGGAUCCAGACCAGCGGGGUGUGUUCAGGCCACGCCCCUUAAGAGCGAUGGCUGGAAGCAGCACAACAGGAAAUCCCAGCGGUGCCUCGUCUCGCCGGCUUCCUGCCCGCUCCGAUGAGGACACACUUCAACCCGCCGAUUGGAUCUCAGCUUCUGAGGAGGACAACCGGCACAGCAGAGAGUCGGUCGUUCUGCUGCCCAGGUCCCAGAACCGCCAGAGUCCAGCAGAGACCAAACGGACUGCAGAGAAACCAGACCGUCUGCGUCUCACCGAACGCAGAAUCAACGAGGAUCCUGUGGCUGAAGAACAGACAUUAGAAGGUUCUCAAACCAAACAAGAUCAACUACUGAGAGACUCUCCGGCUUCUCCGGCGAGACCGGAUCAAACUGGACUAUAUCCUCUUCCUGUAGAGGAACGGAAAACACAUGGUUCUCUUCCUCCGAUGAUUCAGCCAGAACCGGAUCCACCUUUCCUGAAUGCUCUUCUCGAGCUCCACAUCUUUGAGUCCAAAGACCAGCAAAACCAUCGGAAUCCAGCUUCAGAGAAACUCACUUCAACCUCACCUGAGAGGCUUCGGGACCACCAAGAUCCUCCUCCUCCUUACAAGAAUACGGAGUGGGCUCCUCCACCUCACCUGAACACCCAGCAGCCAUCUUCGCCUCCUCACCUGACCAUCCAGGGUGCUCCUCCUCACCUGAACCCUAAGCAGCCGUCUUCUCCUCCUCCUCACCUGAACACCCAGCGGGCUCCUCCUCCUUACCCGAGCACCCAGCAGGCUCCUCCUCCUCACCUGAGCACCCAGCGGGCUCCUCCUCCUUACCUGAGUACCCAGCAGACUCCUCCUCCUCACCUGAGCACCAAGCAGGCUCCUCCUCCUCCUCACCUGAGCACCAAGCAGGCUCCUCUUCCUCCUCAACUGAGCCCCCAGCACGCUCCUCCUCCUUACCUGAGCACCCAGCAGGCUCCAACUCCUCCUCCUCACCUGGACACCCAGCAGGCUUCUUCUCCUCACCUGAACACCCAGCAGGCUUCUUCUCCUCACCUGAACACCCAGCAGGUUUCUUCUCCUCACCUGAGCACCCAGCAGGUUCCUCCUCCUCUUCAUUUGAACACCCAGCAGGCUCCUCCUCCUUCCAACCAGCCUUCUCCGACCGAAGGUUUGACCCUGGCACUUCCGGUCCAGGCUCCGCCUCUCACCAAAGAGGUGUUCUGUGACCAGGUGGGGCCCCGCAUUCUGAUUUCUCCUGCAGGUGUCCCUAAACUGUGUGGCUUCCUGCAGAAGCAGGGGGGGCCCCUGAGGGGUUGGAAGCAGCGCUGGUUCACCUAUGAGGAGAAGAAGAACCAGCUGUUCUACUACCGCACGCCACAGGAUGUGACGCCACUCGGCCAGGUGGACCUCUGCAGCGCCACCUUCACCUACCCGCUGAAGGCCGAGAGGGGCACCUUCCACAUCAGGACACCUGAACGCACCUUCAUCCUCAAGGUAGGAGCCCACCCAGUCUGUUAG